AGCCGCGCGCAUAGUCACGGUACAGCUACAGUGAGAGAGAGAGAGAUCCUCCGCAACAUCGGCAACCGGCAAGCAUCAGCUGCUUUAUUAGUUAGUGAAGUGAUAGUGGACGCUCUCCUCCCUGCCUCCCUCUCACGCUCUGUUAACGAAACGAUUGUUUGUCGUCCCACUCCCAUCCCAGAAACAUGAUAUUCAUUGAUGGGCGUCCGUUGAUGUUGGCCUCUUCUUCGUCCUCGUCCCCUCACCCUCAGGGAAUUGAAAUCCUAAAUGCUUUAAUGGGGCACCCCACUGUGCUGUCCUCCUCACAUGCAUUCAAGGACAUCCCAGAAAGGAAGUUUACUAGUUCAGAGGAGUCUUCUUCAGAGAGGCCUUCACAGCCCAACUUUGUUUACUUGUUUCAGAGAGAAUAUGCCGCGGUUGAUCCAGCAAUGGUUGAUUUUGUUGGCACCGAUGAAGCAACGACAUGUGUGGGCCUUGCAAUCCGGAAUCGCCAGAGCGGAAUGACCUCUGUUGCCCAUAUGGACUCUCCAGAUGUUGUCGAAAUUGGCUUAACGCAGAUGCUAUCGCUAGUUGUCAAUAAUGGUUCGCGUGCUGAGUUAGAUGUUCAUCUGAUUGGCGGUUUUGAAGAUGCUCCUGCUGGUGUUUCUAAUCAAGUCUCUAGAACAGGAAGGCCUGGUAAACAAGUCGGUUAUUCAUUGCCUUUAUGUAUUAAAAUAGUGGAGUCGUUGUGGAAAAGACAGGAGAAGUUUCGUAUCCAGACUAUGUUUGUCCUUGGGCACAACACCAAAAGAGAUGCUGAAGGAAAUGCAUACCCAAUUUUUAACGGUUUUCUGGUAGAAACAGCUACCGGAUCUGUAUUCCCAGCCUCUUUUGAUGGAACUUCUAGAUGUCCUGAUGAAAUAGUCCGGAGAAUUCGUGUAACUGCAUGCAAUGAUGAUCCAAGUUGGAAGGGCAAGUUGCUGGAAACAUAUGACACGCUAACUGAUAAAUUUGUAGUUGCUCCAUGCUGUUGGUCCAGGCAUCAAUUGCGUAUUGCUUUGACAUUUUACAGCCUAUCAGAUCCCGAGAUUCUUUUCACAUGUUCAACUUCACCUCUUGCUGAAGGCCCAGAUUUUGUCUAUAAUAUAAGAAGGAGGACUGAAUGGUGGUGGGUUCAUCUGGGCUUGCAGGCAGUGGGAUUAUUUGAUUAAACACCCAGAUUGGAGGAUGACUUUUCCGGAAAAGCAGCCACGGGUAUUUGCAAGGACCAACAGGGGUGGGUGGAUGAGGUGCUAAUUAACUUUUGACAGGAGUCCCUCCCUCUGAUCACCUGGAGAUAAUAUCAUUUCAUCUGAGCUGGUAGUUGGCACACAAAAAAGGAAUGUAAGCAAAACAAGUGUGUCAGAUUGCUGUGUUUAUGCAACUAGCAGAAUGAUCAUGGGUUGAAUGGACGUCAGCCUCAUUGUAUUGUAAUAUUUUUCAAAUAUCUCAAUCCCUUUCCAUUUGCCGA